ACGCAGUAGGAUACGUCGUCCGGAACACUGACGGUACCCGUCUACUGAUAAGGCAACGAUGGCGCUAAUCUUAGACUCGUGGAUUAGAGAAUUCCUGCUUGUCGUUUCCGCGGCUGCUCUCGCUAUCUACCUAUGGUUCGAACAUGGCUUCAAAUAUUGGAAGAAGAAGGGCGUACCUUUCGUGGAGCCGAGCUUUCCGUUCGGAAACUUCAGGAAAAACAUUUUGGGCCAGGAGACCCUUGGUGUUACGACACAACGCUUAUACAAACAGCUACCAGGAGAGCGUUAUGUUGGACAUUUCGGAUUCUGUCGACCGAUUCUUCUAAUUCGUGAUCCAGAGAUCAUACGCCACAUACUUGUGAAGGAUUUCUCGACGUUCCAUGACCGAGGAGUCGUAUUUGACGAUGAAGAGCCACUAAACAAUCAUUUGUUUGUCCUCACUGGAAAACAGUGGCGACAACUGAGGGUUAAAUUGAGUCCUACAUUCACGUCUGGCAAACUGAAGGGUAUGUUUAAGACGCUGUCAGAUUGCGGCCGCGAGAUGGCAGACGUGUUGGAGGCGGUGGCCGAGCGCGGCGACACUGUGGAAGUGCGGGAACUGGCCGCGAGGUACGCCACUGACGUCAUCGCGUCCGUCGCCUUCGGCAUCGAGUGCAACUGCCAACGGAACCCCGACAACGAGUUCCGCCAGUGGGGGCGCAAGAUCUUCCAGCCCACCAUAAAGUCGGGCAUCAGCAUCAUCCUCUCUUUCAUCAGUCCCACACUCACCAGACUUUUAAGGAUAAAGGGCGGAGCUACAGAGGUCAGCGAAUACUUUCGUCGCAUGGUUGCAGACACCGUAGCCUACAGGGAGAAGAACAAUAUCACGAGGAAAGAUUUUAUGGACUUGCUUAUACAGCUCAAAAACAAGGGAGUUGUUGACCCAGACAAGAGCGAGGCUCAGGACAACGGGUACACAAAUGAAACCAUCGAUACCAAAAAGCUGACUCUCAACGAGCUGGCUGCCCAGGCAUUCGUCUUCUUCGCAGCCGGCUUUGAAACCUCUUCGACGACAAUGAGCUUCGCCUUGCACGAACUGGCUCUCAAUCCUUCGUUGCAGACCAAGCUGCAAGAGGAGAUUGACUCGGUGUUCAAAGAAUAUGGAACGGACAUCACCUACGACUCCAUUUCAAAAAUGUCCUACCUCGACAAAGUUGUGUGCGAGACACUGCGGAAGUACCCACCCCUGCCCAUCCUGAACAGGGAGUGUAACAAAGAGUACAGGAUUCCUGACAGCGAACUCGUCCUGGAGAAAGGAACGGCUGUCGCCAUUUCCGUCCUGGGCCUCCAGCACGACCCCAAGUACUUCCCGGAUCCAGAGCGCUUCGACCCUGAGAGGUUCUCGGAGGAGGAGAAAGCCAAGAGGCACCCCUAUGUUUACCUGCCGUUCGGGGAGGGCCCCCGCAUCUGUAUAGGUAUGAGGCUCGGUCUGUUGCAAGUCAAGGUGGGACUCGCUUACCUGUUGUCGAGGUACAACGUUCGGACCACGGAAAAAACGGUGACGAACCUCGAGUACAGCUCUAUGUCCAUUAUACUGAUGCCUAAAAGUGGCAUCCAGCUACGACUUGAAAAGAGAUUCUAACGAUGAUCACAUUGAAUGGAUCCAAGAUAUCAUAUCAAAAGUAACGCUGUAGAUUGUUUCAGAGCUUAUGAAGUUGCUCUUUUAGCUCUACA